CCCGCCUCCCCUGCCUCUAGUGACUGCACGUCACUGCCUGGAGUCAUAUUAUUAUUAUUAUUGGUUAAAUUUAUUGGUCAUCCAUCUUACCACAAAUGCAGAAGGAAGAGACUCUGGGGAGGAGAGCUUGGCCAGUCAUCGGAAGGCGUUUGAGAAGGAGAAAAGCAGAAUUGUCUGACAAUGGAUCCCCGCUUCACCUCUGCCGUGUUGCUGAUCCUUUCCUGCUGGCUUUGGAAUGCAGAAUGUCGAGAACCUAACAAGAUCCUCACAGUGAAAAAUGGAGAACGGUUUGGAGAAUGGGGGAAAAUGGCCAUGUGUCCAGAAGGCUAUGCAAAUGGAUUCUCCCUGAAGGUUCAACCAUCUCAAGGUAUUAACAAGGAUGACACAGGUCUUAAUGGCAUCCGUCUUCACUGUGCACAUGGUGAAAUAAUUGAGUCUCUUACUGGAGAGGAUGGAGAAUGGGGAGAGGCUGUGAAGUGUUCCAACGGCAAUUUAAUGUCCUUUAUGCUCAAGGUGGAAGAAUAUCAAGGAUUAUUUGAUGAUACAGCAGUCAAUAAUAUUAAGUUCACUUGCCAAGAUCAAGAAGUGCUGCGAGGUUCUUCAAAAGCUAAAUGGGGUACUUAUGGUGAAUGGAGUGCGCCCUGCGACGUUGGGGCCAUAUGUGGUGUCAAGACCAAGGUUGAGAUGCGAACUGAGAAGAAAACUGAUUACACAGGGCUUAAUGAUGCACGGUUUGCCUGCUGUGAUUGAAACCUAGAGGAUUCAUCAUACAACUACAACAUCUGCAUUUUAAACUUUGCUGAUGUGUUACUGAACUACAUUUGGGUGUA